AUGGGAAGCAGGACGGCCAAGGCUACAUACAUUGACCGCAAUCCGGAACGAAAGAUCAGCACCUCUGCCACUGUGCCGCAUCACGUUGCUCGACGCGCAUACCGACGGCCCAACCACAUCGACGCCCGGCGCCCCCGCGUGACCUGCCGCCGAUUCCUAAAUUCGAGGACCCACCACACCUCCGGGUCUCCCUGGCAGCCUCCGUCUUCUCCGCCGCCGCCGUCGCCUUCGCCUUGUCGCCUCCAAAGAUUCCAUUCAUCAACACUACAUCUCCCAAUCCUCGUCCACAGUGCUUGUUCUCAUCCAUCUCGUCUCUGUCUAGUUCGUCUCUGUCUAGUCCGUCUCGCUUCGGUCUCGCUUCGCUUUCCCCGUUUACUACAUGCUGUAACAUGUUCAUCUCUCCUCUCCUCCUCCUUCUCCCUUACCCGUUGGCUUGGCGUGAGAAUCAUCCCGGCCACCGUCUCGACAGCGAUCGGCUGUACCGUAAAUAUGGCUUCCUUGUCACUCCUCGGCCUCAACCUGCGCCUCGCCGACAUCGACGAGAACCUCAAGUCUCACCCGGCCGCGCUUUCGUGGCACGAUUCCAGUUUCUGUGGAAGUGCCGCAUCCGCGAACCACGAUCUGCUUGACGAUGCACCCUGCUUCGCCUACGCUGAAGUGUUUGAAAGCGGUGAUGUUUUCGAGGCCGUUUCGCCCGGCUCGGGCAUCUACCUCCCCCUUCACUCCUCGCCUGCUCCUCUGCCGGCAUUCGCCGUCUCCAAGUGCCGCCUUUCCAAGACUAUUCGAAUAGAGGUCCGGAGCUUGACCCUGUUGCAGUCGCUCGCCAUCGCUAUGCCCUCGCCCUUUGACUUCCAUUCCAUCCUCUCCAACUACACGACGCUCAAGUCCCACCUGCAACACCUCGAAACCAUUUCACCCUCCCAUCCAUCCACCGUUGAGCUUCGCUUACUCGUUCGCGAUCUCCUUCUCGACACCGCCCUGUAUGCGGGCAUCGGCACCGACAAGUAUCGGUCGAGCGGCCACCUGUCUCUCGGCCAGUUGCACGACAUGCACCAACGCAGCGUCGAUGCCGGCCUGGACGACCUCGACGCCUGCUUCUCUCUCGGCCUCCUGCCCGACGUGCUGGACGACGCUUUCCUCGAGGCGUUGGCUUCCAGGUUCACCGAGCUGGCACUCGCCGGGGACAUGACCGCCUUGCAUGAUCUUUGCGAGCCCGUCGUCCGCUCUGGCGAAGUCGAGUGGCAGACGAACCCCGAUCUACUCCUGGAGCUGCUCGACGGCGGACGGCUGGACAUCUACCGUUACGUUCUCGACCUCGCCUCGCGAACGAGGGACAAGCCUGCGGACCAAAGCGGGCUGUCCCUGCGAGACAUCACGCACGACCCGCUCCACGUCGCCAUCCGGCUUGGUCAUGUCCAGCAAGUCGACAGCCUCCUCCAACAGCGCACGUCAUUCCUCGGUGUCCACCACGGCAACUUGAUGGAAGACGGCGUCGAACACGUUGUUCUGACCCCUCUUUCUGCGGCUGUGUAUUGGGGGCAAGCCGAAAUAGUUCGGUUGAUACUGUCCAGAAACGUCUUCCCCGACGGGCUGAGAGAAGCCGUUGCUAUGGCAGUCUCCAAAGCGGACAACGCCAUCAUGGAAAUCAUGCUCUCCUUCGGUGUCAUGGACAUUUCAGAGACACUCGCGCCGGGCAAUAAUACGUUCGAAUCAUUCGCAGACCUUAGCCUCCUGGAUCAAGCAGGAGCUGGAGAUGUCGCUUCAGUCCCGCCGUCUGGUGUCCAGAGCGCAGAUCGUCAGCUUCGAGAUCGGGCGGCCAUCGGUCCCGAGGAGCCCGUUCGGCGUAAACCCUCCCGAAACCGUCGUAGGGUCCUGGGACAGGGACUGGUGUCGUGUAUACACGCGCUAUGCUCACAGCUUCGUGAUGUCUGUACCUGCUCUGACCACGCCGAGGUUAGAGACCUUGCUGGCCAAUAUGUCUCAGCGCACAAAGUAUGGGACCGUGGUCUGGCUGCCUUUCGUGGUCUGAUGCAAGACAGCCCGCCGUCGACUCUGGCAGAGGUUGUCGACUCACUUUUAGCAGCCAACGCCAUCUACCUAACUCUCUUUCCACACGACGAGACCCUCUUUUUCCAAUUCCUCAACGACCUCGACCGCUGGCGUUCGAUCCUGCCGGCUUCCUCGCAAUUCCUUUUUGACGAUCUAGCGCUCCGCAUGUGGGCAUACACUCCUUCGGGCGAAGUGCCGUCGGAACAUGAACCCGACAACCUCUUACACUUUGGGGACUUGGUACAUAAUCUGAUACUGCUCGAGAAGCGCAAGGAAUCCGUGCCUUUGAGAACACCCACCUCUGGAAGCAGACUUGUCGCCGUCCAGAGAAUCUUUGAGAACCAGGAGACUCAUUCAGGCUCCAGCCAGGCCCAGGCGAUCCCUGGCAGCUCACAGUCGUGUCAAGGCUCUUCCCAUGCUAGGUCUUCGACACAGCGUGACGAACUGUCAUGGUCGGAAUUUCUACACAUGGAACACUUUGAGGGUACGGCUUCGACACAGGCGGGCCCAUCGUCGACUGAUGUUGAAGUCUGGGAAGACCUGCUGCCAGCCACGAUGCUACUACUCGUCUCAGUGGCCUUUUCGAUCGUGCUCGCAUUUAUCUUGGAUCUUCAUUCUGUACCCGGACGAUCUGCGGUUGGCAUCUUCGCCUCGACGCUACCUGGCUACGCCCGCUGCUGCGCGCUCGUGAUGGCAUAUCUCGAGAUCUAUGGCAUCCCGGUCCGUACUUCUCCUGUUGAUCCCGGUUCAGCAAGGCAACCGUCCGCGUCGCAAUCCUCUCCAUACGCAUCGGACGCAUUGAUCACUCCAUCGAGCAGCUUCUCAUCCCUGAGCACGCUUGGUGCGCGCCGGAACUUGUCUUCUUCCAGCAUCAGCAGCAUGGGAAGCGUCGCCACUUCACCGGCCUCACGCUCAACCUCGCGCGAGCACCGAAACCGGGGAGACAGGCUCCCGUGCUUGACGCCACAGUGCGCCAAGAUGUUCUCGAGCGUUAGCAACCGUAACAAGCAUCUCCGCGAGGGGUGCGCCUUCACCCGGGAGAAGCGCCAGGGGUUCCAGUGCAGGAACGGGCCCUGCGGCAGGGUUUUGACGACCAAGUGGUACCGGGACACCCACGAGAGAGAACGGUGUCGUUUUCGCCGGGGUAUGGACUACCUGGUAAGCCCUUCUCGCAUGUUGGACCGAGCCGAUGAGACGAGGUGGCUGAGAAAACUAGAGGAGCGAAACAUGCAGAGCUAUGUAUUGACGGCAUCGCUUGCGAUGCUGUGUCUAUGCCUGUACCUCAGUUACGUACCGGCUGAGCGGUACCGCUGCCGGCGCCGGAAGUGGGGUCACCCGGAGCUGCAGGCCGGCGUUCGUCCCAAGACCUGA